AUGUCGGAAUCAACAAAUAAAACAGAUUUAAAUUCAAAUAAAAAUAAUAAUCGAAUGAAUAAACCUGAAAUACAACGUUAUUCAGUUGCUAAAGGAAAAUAUUCAUCACGAUUAAAUACUGAUAGACCAACAUCAAGUAAUACAACAAAAAAUUCUAAUACACAAUAUAAUAAUAAUAAAAAUCAAUAUUAUCGUAAUGAUUCAUCUUACUAUGAUAAUGAUCAAUAUGAUUAUCGACCAAAAUCACAACGAAAAACUCCUAAACCGAAAGUAAUUGAACCUGAAGUUAAAAUAAAUGAAGCAUCAUCAACUAUAAAAGAGCCAAGUGAUAGUGAAAUUGAAUCGGAACUUGAUAAACGUGUACAAAGUAUGACAUUUGAAAAUCAAACAUUAUCUGAACUAAAAUCAUCAUCAUCAGAAACAACUCGUAGUGGUGGUUUGAUAUUUCUUAAUAAUAAAGAAUCUCAUGAAGAUACACAUGAAUCAGAUUCUUCACCGAAACAAUUUUUUAAUCAAACACGAAGAAAUCAAUCAAAUAAAAAACCAAUGCUUUCUAAUCAACCUCGAUCAGUUACACAAUCACUUCGUGGUUUAACAAAUGUAACUCGUACAUUAUAUGAUCCGAAUGCACCCACACCAAAAACUCCACCUGCAGCACAUAUUCAACCAAUAACAACGAUCAAAGUUGCACCAAAUCCAUCUCCGCCCCCACCACCACCAUCAUUACCAACAAAUACUCAACAACAAAUGCAAGAAUUCUAUCAAAAGCAAUUUUUAAAUCAAGACCUUUGGAGUCAAACAUAUGGAAAUACACCAAUACAAAAAGAUGUUAAUUUACAAGCUGCACAAUCAAUACAAAUGAGAAAACAAGCGUUUAAUUAUUGGUUAACACAAAUAAAUAAUUUAGAAAAAUCAUUAUCAAUUUAUUUAAAUAAUUCACCACAUAUGGAAGCUAAUUUUCGACGAAUGAUGGAAGCGAAAACAAUACUUCAACAAGCAUACAUUCAUGCAAUGAUGAUCGAUAUUGAAACGUCAUUAUCGAAAAAUCUUGAUGCUCAUUUAUGGAAAUCAUGUUUUCAUAAUGUUAUUGAACGUUUUAGAGAAUAUGAUAAACAAUCAACUGAUAAUGCUAAUGUGAAAAAAUUUAUUGAAACUGUUAUUGAAGAUGGUGAACAAUUUUUCCUUGCUUUUAUCUGUCAACUUGAAUCAGCAUUUCAUAUUGAUACGAAACUCUAUUUUAAUCCAAAUGCAUAUCCACCCGAAGUGAAUACUAUUCUAGCGAAAUAUGCUCUACUAUGUGCUCAACAUUGUUUUCUUAAUCUUGGCGAUUUAGCUCGAUACAAAGAAACCAAUCGUAAUGGUACUGAUUAUUCCCAAGCGAGAAAAUAUUAUCUUCGUGCUCGAUUAUUAUAUCCAAAAAAUGGCAAAUCAUGUAAACAAUUAGGAAUACUAGCUGUGAUGACUCAUCGACGAUUAGAUGCGAUUUAUUAUUAUGUUCGAGCACUUGCAACAACAACAUUAAAUGAUAGUGUAAAACAAAAUCUUGUUUCAUUAUUUGAAGAAGCUCGUCGACGUUUAGAAGCAUUUGAAAAAGAACUAAAAGAACGUGAUAAGAAAAAUGAACGAAAAAUUCGUGCAGGUAAUCAAAAAUUAGAAAUUUGGAAACGAACAGAUGGAACAAUUGUUGGACGAAGUCUUGAUGAUGGACAAUCAAUCGGUGAUCAAAAUGAUUUUGAUGGUUCAGUAUCACAACAAGAGCUUAUUCAUUGGUUUAUACUAAAUUAUAUUACAUUGCACGGUAAACUCUAUACUAAAACAGGAAUGGAAACAUAUACAGAAUUAUGUUCACGUAUGCUUCGUCAAUUUCAAAGUUUACUUCGUCAUGAUCCAUGUGUAUUUGGUAAACAACAAUUAGUACAAAUGAUGGCGAUUAAUAUGUAUCAAAUUGAAGUAGCUAAACAAGUUAAUGCAUCAGUUGAUAUUGUUGUUCGUUCUCAAUAUGAAGAGUCAUCUCUUCAAUUAGCUCUUGAUAUGUUUGGUUUAUUAACUGAACAAACAGCUAGUAUAAUCGAACGUCAUAUAAAAACUCGUUCAGCAUUAACUGAUCCUGAUACACAUCCACCUGUAUUUAAUAGUUGGUUACGAUAUGUAUUUCCAUCAUUGAAAAUUUUUACGGAUUGGAUGACAUGUAAUGUUAAUUCAUUUAUACCAUUACCCGAUCAAUUACCUGCAGAAUAUGGUCCACAUCCAGAUAUAUUAAUGUCACUUGCAAAAGUUGUUAAUCGUAUUCGAACAAUUGAUCGAACACAUAUUCAACUUGCUUCAAAUUUAUCAAAUUCAGUUCCGGUUAUAUUAGAAGAAGAUAUUGAACUUAGUGGAUUUUAUCCAUUACUUACAUUACCAGCUGAUACAUUACAAACAACAAGUGAUACACCACUUGAUGAAGCAAAAGAUUCAAAACGUAUUAUUCGAUUAUGUUUUUUUGCUGAUUAUUUAUGUGGUCUUAAACAACCCGUAUUUAUUUAUAAUGUACAACAAAAAACAUAUCAUCCAGCUUUGAAAUCAUCAAUUCAUUCUGAACGAAGUAAAAGUCCAGUUAAUGAAACUCAAAUUUCAUCAAUUGAUCCUGAACAUAAUACAAACGAACCUGUAUCACCAUUAUCAAGUUCGAAUACAAUCGAUCCAUCAUCACCAGAUUCAAUUAUUGAUGGUAUUGAUAUGAAAGAACUUAAACGUAAAAAACGACAACUUGAACAUCAACUUGCUGAAAAACAAAAACAAGAACAAGUUGUUAAAGAUAUUCUUAAUACAUCACGAUUAAUUGAAAUCGAAGUUGUACCACGUUUUGUUGUACUUGACACAAACUGUUUUGUUAAUUAUCUUCCAAUAAUAUAUAAAUUAAUAAAACAAGGUCGAUUUACAAUAAUAAUUCCAUUAAUUGUGAUUUGUGAACUUGAUAAAUUAUCGAUAACAACAAUUGUUGACGAUGAUUCUUAUGAACAUGCAGAAAUGGUUCGUCGACAAUCUAUACAAGCUGUUAAAAUGAUUGAAGAAUGUUUUGCUAGUAAAGAACGACGUGUACAAGCGAUGACUGGUGAAGGAACUGUUCUAGAUUCUAUACAAUUUCGAAAUGAAGUGAAAAAACAUGAAUCCAAUGAUGAUACAAUUUUAGGGUGUUGUUUGAAAUAUUGUCAUGAUAAUCCACGAGAGUUUUUUCCACAAAAUAAAGAUGGAGCUAUUCGGUUACAUCGUGAAGUUGUACUUAUAACAGAUGAUCGAAAUCUACGUUUGAAAGCUCAAGCUCGAAAUGUACCUGUGAAAGAUUUAACAAAAUUUCUUGAACUUGCACAAGUAGUUUUAUAA